UUAAAGUAUAAACUUUGCUUAACACUUGACUUAAUAUGAUCCUUUAGAGAGAAUCAAACGAGUUAUACAGCUAGUUCAAUUUAUUGCUAAAGGGUUGACUAAAAGGAUCCGAAAAUCGGGCGAAAACUGAGUCGACACAGUCUCCCUCCGAUUCACAAAUUAUCCAAUCAAUCUUGACAUAUCCAGUGUCGAUUUGUUAAUUAAUCAAGCUUUUUAUUCUCGGAUCUAUAGAUUAAUCUUCUAUAGUCCUCAUUUAUACCCACCAAUUUCUACCAAAAUCCCUAUUUCCUUGUUAAAUCCAAAACAAAUGUGUUCUUGAAUGACAUUUGAAUAAUCUUUCUUCCUUACCUGGGUAUUCAUUUUCAUUUUUUCUUUUGCCGCUAUGUUGACCUCCUUCUAUUCGAUUCAUCAUCUCCCUCCCUCUUCCCAUCAAAUCGUGGCCUCCAAAAACCCAUUUUUUGAUCCUGCUCAAUACCGUUAAUCCCUCUCUUUAGCCCUGUUUGCUGGUUUGUAUUAUGAAUCCCUUUGAACCGAGACAGCUUCACAAACCCCAAUCCACCCAAUCACCAUUCAAAGUAACUCUUAAAUCAUACUUGUGGUUUUUGAGUCUUGUUAUUUAUGAGUUAAUGAAUCGGUAUCUAAAUAGUUGGUGCAACAACCAAAUAAUCAUUUCCUCUAGCUCUCAACCAUUUCAGAGCUCUGAUUGUAAAAAAGACAAUGAAUCAAAGAUGAUGGAGCAAAGAAGUGAGAAACGGGAAGUUAAAAAUGAUGAUACAGGAAAAUUAGUUAAAGAGUUAAAGAAGAACUAUGAGAUGGCAGUUGGAAAACAAGUAAAAGAAGGAUGUUUUCUAGAUUCUCCACCUGAUACAGAAGCAAAAAACUCCCUACUUUGGUUGAGAGAAAACAACAUAAGUUCAGUUGCUACUUACCCUAGGAGACAAAAGACGAUGAUGGAAAAUCUUUGUGGCCCAUCUCCAAUUCCAAGUUUUAGAGUCUAUGUCAGAUAUGAUGAACAAUGGAUUGGAAAACAUGUUUUAAGAAAAAGGCUAGCUGAAUCAGCCCAGGAAGAAGAACCAGCAUGGAAGAUUCUCAAGUUUAGUACUGAUUAAGAGAAAUUGGAAGAAGGAGAUGUCAAUAACCCCUGCGGCUGGAAUGUUCUCUACAACCCAAGUGAAACCUCAAAUAAGAUCAACCUCCCACAUCACUGACCUGACUACAAAAGCCUUCCAUCUAGAAAGUUCCCUGAACCCUUUAAAUCCCAAAGCCACAAUCAAGAAAUGAAAAAUUCAAAAUCAAUCUACAUAUCAAGACCCUCGAUUGUAACCAGUGGCGUCAACAUAGAGAAAAUGAAGAUGAAUGUCCUCAAGAACAGCAAUAAGAAGAAAGGAAAAAGGUGGGGGAAUAUCGUUAGGCCCUACACAACUAUUAAUGGGGGAGCAAGCUCGUUCAAGGAUAACCAGGUAAGCCUAAAUCUUACAAAUUUUCUUUAUACUCGUCCGAUUAUAGUUGAUUUCAAGGAAUUGAUUAGGUGUGCUCAAAACAUAAACUGCACAUCCUCAAUACACACAAUUACAAGAUAUGUCACUUUUGUUAUGCUUGGAAUAGCACAUAGCCAUCUAAAUGAUCUUUGCAAACUAGUUCCCCUCACCAGUCCAGUUACCCGGAAUUUCUCCCUCACCUUCUUGUUGUGGAGGGUCAAUACAAAAUUUUUCUUUAUGGCCCUAAGUGUCUUAGCCUGGAACUGACAGGGCUUAGGAAAAUCAUCAACCCAAUCUCGCCUGAAGAAACUUAUCUCGGAACAUACCCCAGAUAUCUUAUUUCUCCAAGAAACAAAGAAUCAUGAAACCACUAUCAAUCCUCUCAUCAAAAACCUCAAAUUCUCCAACAUGGUUAUCAUAAAUCCAACGGGGAUAAUAGGUACUACAGGAGGGCUUGUCUUAGCUUGGUCUAGUAAAAUAUUCCAAUAGCCAGAAAGAUACUCUAGUUACGUGCAAAAAAAAAGUAAACAAUCCUGGAUGUUCUCGGGAGUUUAUGGUUGUCCUUACAAAAUCAAGAAACAUGUUAGCUGGGAAUAUUUUAAAAACCUAACCAAAAAUGUGGAAAUACCCUGGUUAAUAGCUGGAGACCUCAACUUUCACCCUUUUGAGUUCUGAGAAAAGAGGAGGUCCCCCUGACCAAAAUGAAAUCACCUUUUUCUGCAAUAUGAUUGAUUCUGCUGACCUAGUACUCCUAGGUUUUGUGGGAUAUAAAUUACACAUGGUUGUAGACACCCCAAUUUUGCACGGUCACGAAAGUAUGCCGCGAGAUAGUAUCCCAAAUGGUCAUAGGUGUCAUAAUCCUGCUAGCCCAAAAUGAUUGUUAGGAGUUAGAGACCCAAAUAGUAAAAGUCCUAACUAAAAGCCACAUGUACGCUGCAGAACUAGAGCAUCCAACUUUAGCCAAGUGUUUUUUUUUCUUUUUUUUGCCGCAAACGGACAACAGGUUCAUUUCAUAAACCAUGCACCCAUUAAUACCCGAGGUCCACCACCCCACUAGAGCUAGACGUCCAAGUUCAAGGUGUUGACACCAAUAUAGGAACCGAGUAACCAAAAUGAGUUAGUCGCCCAACCAAAAGUAAUAUGUUGACAUCCCGUUUAGCUUUGUUCCCAAGUCUUUCCAUGUUAACAAAAAUCCUAAUUCCUAAGAUUAAAUGAUAUAUUUUACAAUUAUGGUAAAUGAAAUAAAAUAACUUUUAAUAUAUGAAAUAAUAUUUGUUAAUUUGGAAAUGAUAUUUAGAUUUUUAAUGUGAGCGGUCCAAUCAAAGUCAAUCAAUUCUAUGAUUAUGGUUAACGGAGAAACAAUAUAUAGGGAGUUAGUUUUGGUGUUUAAGGGGGCUUUGAAAAAGAUUGAGGAGAGAAAUUUCGGUAAAAAUAAAGAGAAACAAGUUUUAGGAGAGAAAAUUGCUAGAGAAACAAGAGGCGUCAUUUGAUUCAAUUGGAGUCUCGGAUACGGUUUUGCGGCAGCUGCAUUAUCGUUGGCUUUCUUUUAUUAAUCUAAGUAACAUUAUAAAUAUCACGGAGCGAUAACAGGUUUGCGCAUUUUUCAUAAGCUUCUUGUUCUCAAUACUGUUGAAUGAAUAAAAAUUGCGUAAUGAUAAUGAACCAGGUUUAAUAUUUGGGUGCAACAUAUUUAAAGCUCACCAGCAUUAUUGUUUUGUCCUUACUUGCUUUGUUCUUUCUUGUUUUGUCCAUGCACAUUAGUAGAAGUGUAGAACUCAUGAGCAUUAGUGGUUUAGGCAUACGCAACUUUCAUGGAUUUUCGUUACUAUGAAUCAUUCUCUGUUAGCUAUUUCGUCUUAAUUGGUUAAUUAUAAUAAUAGUGUUUUGGAUAAUAAUAUUAAUAAUAGUUGUCAUCAUAUUUGCACAGCUAGGAUUAAUUCAUCAUAUUUGCAUAGCUAGGAUAAUUUUUAUUAAUAGAUUGAGAUGAUAAUAAUGAUUUUUGAAUAAUAAUAAUUGUAUCUCACGUUUUAUAAUAAUAAUAAUAAUUUGUGACCAUUUUUCAUAAUAAAAAUAAUAUUAAUUGUGUCUUUGUUUGUGAGAUCAGGUUUUUGCCGUUGGAUAGAUUGUUAAUUUGAACACCGGAAGACAGUUAUUAAAUUUUGCAUGAAUUUAUUAUUUAUAUUUUAUUUAAGUCAAAACCUUAAAUAUCCCGAUUAUAAAGUAGAGGCCAAGUUUCGGUUUGGACGGGCUAGGUGCCUCACACCUUCCUAACUCGUAUCUUGAUUCCCGGAUUCUUUCUCUGUUUUCUGGACCAGUGUUUCUUUUGGGUCCCAACUCCCUAAGUUGGGUGGCGACUUCCCUUAAUAAUAAUUUCCACGUGUAUUGCCAUUUAGAUAUUUUAGAGAUCCUAACCGAUUUCGAAGGUAUCUACAGUGGCAACUCUGCUAGGGAUUUUGAGAAUCUAACUUGAAACAUAAUUGGGAUUUUAGGGAUUUGAUUGGACACUACUCGGUGUUGCACACACACACACACUGCACGCACCCAUUCACCUUGCAUUUUCAUUUUGCAUCGUCCGAGUCCGAAUCUUAGGAAAAUCCGUGGUUAGUAAAGCUGCCUUUGGGCGUUAUCAGUCGAACACCACAAGCCUUAGCCCAGUACUAAAGACUAGCCUUUGGCUACGUCUGCGGUAUAUUUUGCUAAGGUAUCCCAAGCCUACCCAAGAGUUAGUAAAACCUGCAUGCACGUGCAUUAACUGCAUUCAUUAGUGCACAAAAUCCGAGGCAUAAGCACCCUUGUGUUACCAUAUAUUUUUUUGUUUCCUUUGAAACAUGAACAUGACUAUAGAAUCCGAAAUGAAGACACUGGGGCAUUGUCAUGGUUGCGCGAACAAAUCCAAAAGAUGUUGGAUACCAAGUUCACAGAAUUGGAAGUCGAGACCAAGAAGUUUACUCUCGAGGCCAUUGCUGAGACUCUAGGAAAAAAUCAUGGGUCUGGAAUGGGUGACAAUGAUAGAAUUAAUGGCGAUAAAGUCAAAGAGGAAAAUUUUGUAGAAUUGGGAGAAACCACUGCACGUGAACAACAAUUAUCACGGAGGCUCAAAGAGGUUGAAAGGACCUUACAGAAAAUUGAUGGGAGUACAGUAGAUAUACAUGGGCUAUAUCCUUAUCCCAGUAUUCGUUUACCUCCUGACUUUAAAUUCCCAGAUACGGACAUAUAUGAUGGAACUGGGUGCCCGAGAACACAUAUUCGUAUGUAUGUUGGGUACUUGAAGCCACUGGGUAUUAAUGAUGGGUUGUUAGUCCAAUUGUUCCAAAGGAGUUUGACUGGAACGGCCUUGAAGUGGUUGAUGAAGACAGACCCAAGUCUAGUUUCGAAUUGGCAGGAUAUGGUGGAUAUGUUUGUGAGACGGUUUAUGUUGGUCCCUGAAAUUCAGUUUACUCGGAAACACUUAGAGGCGGUCAGACAAGAACCCAAUGAGGCAUUAACAAAAUUCUUUCCACGUUGGAGGACCAAGUCAUUAGAGAUCGAUGAGAUAUUAACCGAACAAGAGAUGGUAGAUAUUAUAGUGAACUGUUUGAACCAUGAAUAUUGGAACCGGCUGAUAUCGUCUUACCAUCCAACAUUACACUCUUUAUGGAAGGCGGGUUCACAAAUUCAAAAUGCAUUGGACACGGGCAGAAUGAUAAGGUUGACCAAUCCGGAGAACUCUAAUGGGAAUAAUAAUGGAGGAACCACAUUUAUGGACGAAAAUCAAGUGAAUACCAUGACAGUUGUGUCAGUAAUUGCAGUACCUGGAGGACCACACCAGGGGCAGAGCCAGAACUGGAAUCAGGGAAGAUAUGGACGUCCUCAGAGGAAUUUUGCAGAGGAAAAGCACCCAUUAACUUAUCAUAAAAAGGAACCCGAGGUCGAUUUUGUUUUGGCAGAAAAUGAAACAAAUUUAGCCGACUCAAUCUACAAGAAAGAAACUGCGGUGAAUCGGCCCGUCCACAUCAGUGAACUGUUCACGGAUCAGGUACAAACUGUGAACUCAUUUAAGUCAACAACUAAUCGUCCUGUUGUUUUGUCUGAAUUAAUGGCAGAUUAUUAUGGAGUCGAGCAACCGAAGAACGUGCCAAAUUCCAACGGAUUCCCAGCAGAGCAUGUGCAUAUCUCUGACCUUCUACCAAAGCAGAACGCACCUGUUAGGCAUGUGCAUAUUUCAUAGAUCUUGUCUUAUCCCGUUCAACCAUCAGUGAGUCCAGUUUACCUCUCAGAUAUCUUGCCUGCUGAUUCAGUACAUGCAACAAAUCAAUCUUCAUCUACAAGGUGGAAUCCGUUCAAAAGUGAGGGUGGUGAUGAAGUUCAAAAUGUAGCAAGAAGCAGACCCAUUUACAUGCCACCUCAUCUCAGGGAUAAAAAUACAAUUCCUCCUACACAACCAUCAGCCGGGUCGAAGUCUACAAGACGAGAGGAUGAACGAAAAGUGGUAAGAACAAAUAGAGGCUCAAUCAGGUAAGUCUCUAACUCAUUCUGUUCAAUCAAUCAGACCGAUUAAGGGUAAUCACCUGAAUUUGUAAAUAAGUCGUCUUUUAUUUCCAAUUUUCAAAAUAUUUCAAAAAGUCCAAAAAAAAUUUAAAAACUAAAAACCAAAAAAAAAUUGUUUGCAGGUUGGAAAAUAAUAUACUUGGUAUAAAUAAAGUGUUUGAGAACACUGACAAGCCAUGGGGACUGUGGAACCACCAAAAAUAAAAACCUGAACCGGCUAAAGAAGUAAAGUUUGUCAAUCAAAAUAAGGAAAAUCAACCUUUAAGGGAACCUCAGAGAAAGAAGAUGAAUACGACCGAAAUGUGGAUACAAUGCAAGAAUGUGCCAAGACAAAAGAUAGAAGUAGUGAAUUUAGUAGAAAAGAAACCACUACAGUUAAGACCACAAUGGAUGUUGAAGACCUGUGAUAAGAAAGAAGUGAGAUUCAAAACACAUGAAGAUGAGAUUUUUCUACUAAAUAAGAGCAAGACGACGAAUCCACUACUUGAGGAAAUGGUAUCUUACAAGGACGUGUUAUUAAAUUUGAAAAAUGAUGGAGCAGCUUAUCAAAAGUGAAAGAACGAUUUUCCCUGCAUAAAGGAAGUGAAUGAUCAGAAGACAAUAAAUAAUAAUCGGAGCAUAAGGUUCAAGGAAACAAUUAAUCAGAAGGUAAUGAAUAAUUUUCCCAGCACAAAGUUCAAGAAAGAUAUCAAUCAGAAGAUAAUGAAUAAUUUUCCCAGUACAAAGUUCAAGAAAGAUUUUAAUCAGAAGACAACAAAUGAUUUUCCCAGAAAAAGGUUCAAGAACGCAAUUAAUCACAAGGAAAUAAAUGAUUUUUCUAGCAUGAGGUUCAAGAAAGCUAAUAAUCAGAAGACAAUGAAUGAUUUUCUGAGUAUAAGGUUCACGAAUGCAGUUAAUCAGAAGGUCAUGAAUGAUUUUUCAGAUACAUGGUUCAGGAAGAUGGAGAAAGAAGAAUUUCGGGAAGAUUUGAGAAUCAUACAGAAUAGAAGAAUUGUUCAACCAUUUGAUCGGGGCAGCCAACAUGAUCCAGGCCCGACAAGUGUUACUCGACCCAAGAAAUACCAUACCUAGGUAAGUGCUCAAAUCUAUCUAAGGGCGACAAAUGCUCAUAAAACUGAAGGAGUUUUUUUAGAGGUCCAAUAUCUCUCUCAUAAUGUCAUAGUCUAGGGGCAGAGUCGUCAUCAUGUUUUGGCCCCUUUAGUCAGUCGGUCAAAAAAAUAUUAGGGGCAGAGUCGUCAUAUGUUAAGCCCUUGUCCAAAAGAAUUAUUAUUUUCAGUUUUAUAGUGUCAAAAAAAAGUCUACUAAGGGCAGAA